AUGUUUGGGGGCCCACGGAGGCGGCAACCUCCAGCCCAACCCCUUACCAGGGAAACGGCCAAUCCCAAUGCCGCCACCGCAGCAGCAGCGGUGUUCAUGAGUCGACGCGACUCCAACUCGUCCUUGUCUUCGGCCGCCGCCGCCGCCGCUCUCAAGGCGCGACCGAUGACCCCGACGAAUGUCGCCGAGGUACAGUCAAAAAGAGCACACAGGAGAAGCCCUUCCCUCACUUCCCUCACCGGCAGUGUGAGGGGACGUCGCGAGCUCACUAGAACCCCCAGUGUGGGUUCCAUGAUGGAGCGCACCUUUCGUACACCUUCACCAGGUCGCAGUCCAGCUCCAAGGGAGCGGGACGUGCCACCUGUCCCAGCAUUGCCCAGUGUUGACCAAGUCAUGGCCAGCCAGCACACUAACGGACACACAAAGGGUACAAGAGGACCUGUCCUACAGACACAGCCAUUUAGAACAGCGAGCCAGAAAAUGAAGGAUGGUCAGGCGACAUGGUUUGCCGGCGCAACAACUCGAGAAUCUGCCAGUGCUCGACACUCCGACUCUUCCGCACAGCCUGACGCCCAUGUCCUCGAGCCGCGGCCUGGCAGCCCCAGUCCAUCUAUCAACUUCUCCUAUCCCCGUUCCAGAACCUUGUCUCCGACACCCUCCGUCUCCGACACCCUCGUCUACGAUCCCAACUCGCGACGGAUGAUCCCCCAAAGCGAAGCUGAAGCUCGUUCCCAAAGUGUACCGGAGGCGCCGGAGAUGCCGAAAAGGAAAAAGAAGAGACAAGAUGUGAGUAAAGCCGGAUCCCAUCUUGCUCAAGGCACUGUGGGGGGACGGACUCAGACGCCUGCUGUGGAGGAAACCCUGCAGCCAGAAAGCCAGCCUCAACGACUCGAGCAGAAAUCCGAGCUAGCUUCAGUCACUGUUCCUGAACGCGCAAUUCAACAGCCGCAGGACCCCGCGGUGAAGAAGAAGAAGAAGAAGAAAACGCAGCUGGCGAUGCAGCCAGCAGUUGCUGGUGCGACCAGAGAGUCACCACUCGACGAAGCAGAUCCCAUCGAUUCAAGACCUGCUCCCGUCAAUAAAAGCUCCGUCGUGAAUGAGGACCUCGUACGGAAGGAUACUGGCAAACAGGAAAACGAACGACAGGCAGACGCAGUAGCAGCAGGUGGUACGGUGAUUCCAACAGUUGAGCCAAAGACACAACCAAAGCCAGAAUUAAGAGACAGGAAAUCCAACAAACAAAUUCGCCCAGCUCGUGUUCAUUCUGAAAGCCCGGUGCGAUCCGCACGCUUUGCCUCGUCAUCGGUGGACCAAUUGGUUGUUAAGCACGAACCACCACCUCGAUCAGUGUCUCCCCGCAAGUCGGCCAUGAAGUUAUCAAGUCAAGCUAGAGGGGUGUCGCCAUCCGAUGAUGCUUCGUCCGAAGCGUCGGGUAGCAGGCAUUUAAGUCCCCAAGAGGGCGAGGAUCCUGGACUCAUCCGGAAGAAAAGCGCACGAGUGAGUUGGGACGACAAAAAUACGGUCGUUGUCGGCGAAGGCGUUGCCUCUCUGCAAACCGAUUCACCAAUGAUCCCGAGCCCUCAGGCUAAAAAGCCGUGGCACAGCGUCGUGUCCAAGUUUACAAAGAAGGAGAGCCUAAACAUUGCGGAGGGCGAAACCAUGACCCCUCGACCAGCUCUGCCACUGUUUGGUAGCGUAAGAGAGAAGAAAAUCAGAGAAAAAGAGGAGCGACCCCUGGUUCGUCCUUCAGAGCGCGUGUUCCCUACUGAAAAUGGCUCUGCUGCUCCUGGCGUCGGUCCCUCGUCAGAUGUCUUGAUCGGGUCUGUUAUCACACAAGACCCGGCUUCCAGAAAUGCUGCGAAUAUCUCCAAAUUCAGAGAACCACUCCCGGCGGGUCAGCCCGGUCUUGCGGGGGAACAAGCUGGCCUUGUGGAGAGUUCUGAUGAUGAUUUGGAUACCGAUGUAUCCACGGAGACUGAGGAUGCCCCCGAGUCAAAUCCAUCGAAGCUAUCCGAGCCUGUUGUGUCCGAAAUGCCAGCUAACCCGACGAAACCAAUUACUAUGCAGCCUGAAACGAACGAUGGUAUUCCGGCUAUUUCAGUCUCCCACCCAAGUCCUCGCGCACAAUCAUCUGAGGAAGCUACGCCACCAGGGAGUUUUCCUGCUAGCCAUCACACUUCCACAGACAACAGCGAUGACGACGAAUCCGACAGUUCUGGCAUGUCGACACCUACUCAAUCAGUAGCACCCGUUGCUGUUGCCGCUGGUAUGGCUGACAUUGUGGAGGAGGAUGAGGAAACCGAAAGUGACAGAUUCAGUGACGCCUACGAAGACCUCGGAGGUGUUAAUGGCGAUGGUUUCCUGUCCCUAGAUGCUGUUGUCGACCGCCAGACGUCCGGCAAGGCAAUUACCGAGACAGCCCAAGACAAUCCUGUCGUGACUCCAGCCAAAGGCGUCCGUGAGGGCGAACGAGAUUUUUCCGCCCCUGUACAGGAAUCGUCAGAAGACUGGGAGAAUGCCAAGGCGUACUGGAAGAGCCUGUCAACUGAAAGACGUCGACAACUGGAAAUCGAGGCACUCUCAGAAACCGAUGAAGCGGGCAGCACUGUCAAGAAGGAGCCCGACCUGGAACCUACGGAGCAGGUCGAGAAGGUCUCGGCCCCUGCCCCAGCCCCAGCAAUGAGUGACGAGAGAUGCUACCAAAUCAAACCAGGCACCAAGUGGUCAGAUGUUAUGGGCGAUGGGGAUGACGAAAGGGACAUGAGUGCUGCCAAGCGGUCAUCAGUCGUUGCAACUCGACCGGACACUACGAAGGGUGCGACUCCAAAACUCCGUACUUCAAUGCGCCAGUCCCUGCGCGCUGAUAUGCCUGGUCCCGUCAACGAUACAAGUCCCGAGCGGCCAGGCGGUAUGAGAAAGUCGAUGAGAAAUGGUCCUCCCCCCACUAAAGCUGCCGUGUCUAGACAAACAGUCGCAGAUGCAAAUGUCGCGAGGUCAAACUCAGCAGCAGCGUCAUCUAUUGUUCCCAGUGUGGAAAUGCGAAAAUCAUUGAGAAAUUCACAGAGUUACGGUGAUAGUCAGCGGCCAACGCUCUCCAGCUCUGGACGGCCCUCCUCAUAUCACCAGCCUGCUACAACAACUUCUCUGAAAGAGCGCAAACGGAACAUGUCUUUAGAUGACCUGAGGUCUACAUCCGUCAGCAAGCCCACUCUGCGACGUCGCGGCUCGGGCGACAGUCAGAGUAGCUUCAAACGUAAGCGAUCUGGAUCCAGAGACGGACACCAUUUCCGAAAGUCGAUGCGUGCGGGCAUGCGUGAGCCGCCCUCUCCGGGCCGUCCUACCAGGCGCUUCAGUUUACGAUCCUUAUCGCCCCCGGCUUUGAGACGUAACUCGUUUUCCUCCUUACCUCCGGGCACUCCGACAUCCAUGAGUGGUGGCGCUGGUCGUAUGCGCCAGUCCCUCCGAGACCGACCUCAGCCUUCCAGCUCUCGUCUGAAGAUGAGCACUUUUAAGAAGUCGUCGGGCCCUGGAAGCAAAUCGACAAGCGGAAGCCGCUUUGCCGACUCUAGUGACGAGGAUGAAGGGGGCGUUUCAUCAUGCUUCAGAAGCCGGUUUGCUGAUUCAAGUGACGAGGAUGAGGCAAUUCCACUGGCGAAGAGCAAGGACUUUCCAAAGUCUCUUCGCAACGGCAAUGGCUCAAACGUGAUGCCACCACGACGCGAUUUGUCAUCUCCAGAUCUUCCUGGCGAACAUGACGCCAUUGUGCAACCAGAACGCAGCACUUUUGUCAAGGGACACUCCUCUCUCCAUCAAAGUCGGUCCGGCAGCGGCACACUGAGCCCAGUGCCACAGAGUGCCAUGCUCAGGCCAGCUACUAGACGUGGUAGUUUCAUGUCGAUACUUCGUCGCAGGAAAGAACCCUCGGACAAGAUAUCGAAGGGUCUUGGCGAAAGCGCUGCUCGUAAAGACACUAGUCUGGAGCGUACAACCGAAGAAUUGGUGGCCCUGCGUAGCAACUCGCUUCGCAGACGGGGGCCAAGCUGGCCGUUCCCUGACGGAAACAGCGCCGACGCCGAGAAUGGCAGAAUAAAAGAGCCAGCUCUCCGCCCGUCGACUUCUGAAGGACCACCAAAGCCGAGGAGGAGCUCCUUCCUGCGGCGUAGGAGCACAUCGCAGGGCAUGGUCGGCCUGGGCCACCGAGAGGUGAACAACUGCGAGCCAGUCCUCGAGAUCCCUGACGCAUUCAUGGAUGGUGAGCCCGCACAACGUCAAACACACAAGAAGAAAAAAUUCGGCGCCCUGCGGAAGAUGUUUGGUAUCCACGACUAG